AUGGCUAUGAACACUAUUUUUGGAAACACCGAUCCGCGUUUCGCAAAAGUCGAAGAGGUUUUUCGGUGAGUUCUCUUUCGUGGUGGGAACGGAUUUCCGAUUUAGUCGACUGAAGUCGUUACUUCGAGGGUGUAGUGUCUAGUAUAAGAUGAUAUUUGUCUAAAGAAUAAGUUCCAGAAGGAAUUUCCGGGAUGGCUGGGAGCCGGAAGGAGCAGCGGUGGCCGUUUAUUACCGCGGCGAACUUGUUGUGGAUCUUCAAGGAGGUUAUCAAGACGCUUCAUCAAGAACAAGAUGGACGGAAGAAACAAGGACUGUCAUCUUCUCGGUCACAAAAGCAGUGGCCUCUCUUGUAAUUGCAAUGCUGGUGGAUCGAGGGAAACUAAAAUAUGAGCAGAAGAUUGUUGAAUUUUGGCCGGAAUUUGGGCAAGAAGGAAAGGAGAACAUUACGGUAGAAAUGAUUCUACAUCAUCAGGCUGGGUUGUGUCUGUAUGAGGAGCCGGUUACUUUGGAAAUUGCCAGCGAUCCUAAAGCCAUGGCGAAGUUGAUUGAACGCCAAAAACCAUCAUGGACUCCAGGCACAAAGAGUGGUUAUCACGCAGUUAGUUUUGGAUGGUUGGUAGAUCAAAUUGUGAGACAUGUGGAUGAACGAGGAAGAGGGAUGGCAGAUUAUAUCAGAGAAGAGAUCACCGAACCUUAUAGUAAGUACUUUCCAUAAUUGCUUGCAGUGUUCUUUUUAGAUAUCGAUUUCUUCUUGGGUUUACCUUCACAUGAGCAACAUACAGUAUCCCGCUUGGCAAUCCCAACAAAUUCCUAUUUCUUGAAAGAAAUCGUCCAUGAUCCUCGAAUUCUUAUCGCUCUUACUUGCUUGUACAGUGGUGGAGAUGUCGGAUUGCGGAAACAGGUCAACAAUAUUGAAUUUAUUUGCACCGAAAAGGUAGAUGAUUGAUAAGAGUGAAAGUUUUUGAGGUCAUCGUGUGUUUUUCACGUUUUUAAGUGAACUUUUAGGGAGUUAACAGCUUCAACAGUCCCCUUGUUCAUCGUUUGGAACAACCAGCCGCCUUAGGCAUCACCAAAGCCAGGGAUUUGGGAAAGAUCUUCGCCUUGAUGUUGGAUGGGACAUUGAUCUCAAAGGAAACUCUCAGAAGACUCGACUUACCCAGAGUUGUUCAAACCGACGUUUGUUUGAAGAUCCCAACAGCCAAAGGACAUGGAUUUAUGUAUGAGAGACAUCCAUACAAACAGGUAGAUAUAAAGUUUAUGAAAAGUUAUGGGUAUCAACCAAAGCGAUAAUCAAUCUCUUUUCCCAGGGAAAAUACCUUUACGGUCAUCCCGGUCAUGGCGGGAGUAACAUGAUGAUCGAUCACGAAGACGAAAUUGUAAUAGUCUACUUGACCAAUGGCCUCAAAAUGGGUGGCGGCGAGUUAACCCAACCUUAUAAAAGGUUGCGCAAUCAAGCCCUCAAAUGCAUCGGACAGAAGGUGAAACCGAAAAAAGUAAAGUAG